AUGUCUCUCGCUGAAACAAUCCGGCUUUGGAGCGAGGGCGUGUCUGCAGCAGACUGCAAAAACUGGACAGCCGCUUUGGACGCUUUCUCCUCCAUCCAGAACCCUUCUUCCAAAAUCUGCUUUAACAUUGGCUGCAUCCACCUGACGAUGGGGAAUUUGGCCGAGGCACUGCAGGCCUUUACCAGGAGCACUAACUGCGACAAACACUUAGCAGUGGCCUACUUCCAGCGAGGGACUGUCACCUACAGGAUGGAAAAUUAUCAGUUGGCCAUUAAUGAGUUUAAAGAGGCACUGGCUCAGCUGCGUGGAAACAACCUAAUAGAUUACAAGAUCCUGGGCCUGCAGUAUAAGUUUUUUACUUGUGAGGUGUUAUCCAAUAUAGCUCUUGCCCACGCUAAGUUGGAAGACUGGAAAAAAGCUGAAGAGCACUUAACAAUGGCGAUGAAAAUGAAGACGGAGCCACGACAUUACAAAAUAGACAGGGCCAUGGAAUCCAUCUUGAAGCAAAGACUUUUCGAGCUCUUUACAAUACCUGAGGGGAAGCUGUUUCGGCCCAAUGAAAAGCAAGUGGCCCAGCUGGAGAAGAAAGAUUACUUGGGGAAAGCCACGGUUGUAGCAUCUGUGGUUGACAAGGAUGAGUUUUCAGGCUUUGCUCCCCUUCAGCCCCAGGCAGCAGACCCACCUCCCAGACCCAAAACACCAGAAAUACUCAGGGCCCUGCAGGGAGCACCUCACAGAGUCAUGUAUGAAUUUGUACCCGAAACAACAGACGAGCUCCAAGUCCUUCCUGGAAACAUUGUUUUUGUCCUGAAGAAGGAGAAAGACAACUGGGCCACUGUUGUGUUUAAUGGGAAGAAAGGGAUUGUACCUUGCAACUACCUGGAGCCCAUGGAACUGCAGAACCAGCCUUCAGUCCGAGAGGAGAACCAGGCAGACAUGGACAUUCCAGCUCCACCUAGUAUUGCUGCUCCAGAACGGCCUGAUAAGCCUUCUACAGGCCAAAGAAGACGAGCACCUGAGGUCCUCAGCUUGGCUGUCCCAAUGCCCUACAUCAUCAAAGUCCAUUAUAAAUACACCAUAGCUUUGCAAGCCAGUCCUGAUCUCUUUUACAGCAGCCUCCUGGAGAAGGUUUGCAAGAAGCUGGAGCUUUCCCCAAAAAACACAAGGCUGAGUUACCAGCCUAGAGACAGCCAGGAUCUGGUAGUUCUUAGUGAGGACGGCCUGAAGACGGUGUGGAGUCACGCCCAGAACUACUGCUUGACACUGUGGUGCAGCGUCUACCAGGCAGACAAAGAUACCCCAGACAUGGAAGACGGCAAGGCCUUUCAGCAGGAAGAACCAACCCAGAUGGAAGCGAACCAGGUUGUAGCACGAUACAGUUAUGAAGCCAGUCAGCCGGAGGACCUGGCAUUCCAGAAAGGAGACAUAAUACUUGUUCUUUCUAAAGUGAAUGACGACUGGUUGGAAGGCCAGUACAAUGGGAAAGUGGGCAUUUUCCCCAAAGCCUUUAUUGAAGAGCGCAGCAGCCAACAUCUUGAAACAAUUUCUGAAGCAUAA